AUGGCACAUACUUCAAACAACACGGACGUAGAAAUUUGUUUGGAAACGACCACAUCCGAAAGUGAUGAUUAUUUUUCUUCUGGUAAAUCAAAUACUACUACAACUUCUGCUUCGGAUUCAACCUCUAGCAGACCAAUUGCUAGUACUUGCAAUGGUACAUUCUCAUUAGGUAAUCUUGGUUAUUGCGAUGAUCCGAAAGAUGCUACCAUUGAUGAAGAUUAUAUGCCAAUAGAAUUACGAGGAAAAAUAUGGAAAACUAAUAAAAUUCUUGGCGAAGGUGGUAAUUUUAAAGUAUAUCUUGUAACAAAUGAUGAUGGAAUACACUUUGCAAUGCGAUGGAGUCGUAGACAAGAUUGUAGUACGGAUGCUUUUGAAAAUGAUAAAGAACGUCAGAUUAGAACUGUUUCACGUAUGAAAUUACACACCGAAAAUGCUAUCCGGAUAAAAGAGCUUAUUGGUCAUCAUCCUAAUAUUGUAAAACUGAUUGGCUUCCGUAAAGUUAACUUAUUUACACAACAAAUUAUGGAAUAUGUUGAUGGUGGUGAUCUCUAUGAAUUCAUUGAAAGAAAUUAUAUUCGAAAAAAGCGACGAAUAGGAAUAGCAAAAGUACGAUCACUUUUUAGUGAUCUGUUAAAGGCAGUCAAACAUAUCCAUGAUUUGCAUAUAGCUCAUAUGGAUAUAAAAGUUGAGAAUUGUCUUCUAACCCGGAAUAGAAUUCUAAAACUCACUGAUUUUGAUCAUGCGAAAAUUUUUCAACCUGGAAAAUUGAUGCCCGGUUCGGUUUAUGCAACCGAAGCAUAUGCUGCACCGGAAACAUUUGAAAAGGAAUACAGACCAGAUUAUGCAGAUAUAUGGGCCUGUGGUAUCUUUUUAUAUUUUCUACUAAAAAGUGAUGUACCGUGGGAAAUAGCAGACAGGAAGCGUGAUAAUGACUAUUUUACAUGGUGUCAAACGGAACAUAAAGCAAACUUUUUCCGGUUUCAAAAAUCACGUGAAGCUGUCGCAGGUAAGCUCAUAAAUAAUUAUUAA